CAUCCAAAAAUGCGAUUCAGCCUCUCACCACCACCAUCCAAGUCCACUUCCGUCAUAACAUCGCCCACCAACAUGCAAGCCAAUUACGCACAAAGCAAUAACAAUGAUCCACGUGCUUCCGGCGUUGGCGCCCGAAGCGACGACGAUAUUUCGCCCAGCACAGCUGCCCUAACCUUGUCUGCGGACGAUGAGGAUGCAGCAUCCGACUACAUUCAAUGGUUGCAUGCAAUGAAGCUGGUGGCGCGCUUGCCUGGCGGCAUGCCACCGGAAUUUAGACGUAAGUUGUGGCUGUCACUGGCAGAUAAAUAUUUGAAAUCGAAAAAUGUAGACUGGUCAAAGGAGGAGGAAAAAUGCUUCUGCGAGAAGUGGCGCGAAGAUGACGAAGAAUUGGGCAUACAAAUUGUUAAGGACUUGCAUCGCACCGGCUCGAAUUUAUGCACCGGUCCGGCAGGUUCAAUCAAUCAGGCCAAACUGAAGCGUAUACUUUUGGGCUAUGCGCGUUAUAAUCCAGAAGUUGGUUACUGUCAGGGUUUCAAUAUGCUUGGCGCGCUAAUUUUGCAAGUUAUGGAGAAGGAGGAAGCCGAGUCGAUGAAGGUAAUGAUCUACUUGGUUGAGGGUGUGCUGCCACCAGGUUAUUUCCACGGUUCCAUGGGCGGCUUACAGGCCGAUAUGGCAGUGUUUCGCGAACUGAUGCAAACCAAGCUGCCCCGGUUGGCGAAGCAUUUGCAAAAGCUCCAAGGCCCCAUUGAAAACGCCUAUGAGCCGCCGCUGACGAAUGUCUUCACCAUGCAAUGGUUUCUUACGAUGUUCUGCACCUGCCUGCCUAUGACUUGUGUGUUGCGUGUCUGGGAUCUCGUACUCAUCGAGGGUAGUGAUGUAUUGUUGCGCACAGCACUGGUGCUAUGGAGCUUAUUGGAAGAUCGCGUGCUGAGCACUCGAACAGCAGACGAUUUUUACGGGAAAAUGGGCUCGUUCUCGAGCGAACUCCUCAAUGGCCAUCUUAUCGAUUCGAAUGGCUUGAUUGAAAAAGUUGUGCAACUUGGCCCGAUACCCGACAUACAGCGGCUGCGUGACAAGCACCUAUACAACAUCACACCACUGCGUCACAAACAAGGACUACAAUUCUACUAUGACGACGAAGAGCCCGGCUCGGAUGAAGAAUCACGCCUUGCUGUCGCCACUGUCUGGGGUAUGCCUUGGGGUCGCCGGGGUUCACAUGGCAGCAGCAGCAACGCCAACAAGCAAGUGUCCGAAAAUAAAGAGCGACUUGCAUUGGACAUUUCGUUGCUGAAGAAGCAAUACGAUCGUCUGCGCGAACGUCAGCGUCAAGCGCAUAUUAUUCUAACCACUGCAUGCUCCACGGCGCGUCAAAGCACCGUCACUACUUCUUCCACGCAACCCAAUACAGCUGUGACUGUCAAUCAAUUACUCUUGGGUCGUCCCGCAAUAGUGACGAACAAUGGCAGGCGAGUCGGUCCACCAGCAGGCGCAAUACCACCUGCCCGUAAACCUUCUUUACCCACUGUACUACAUUCCAGACCACCAGAACGUCAAUUGCGCCGAGGUGAGACUUUGCAUUGGCGCGAUGCGGAUAUAAGUAAGCGCCGCAGAGACAGCCUCACAUGGAAGGAGAUUAAGGCGGAUCGAGCCACUUUAUUGCGUGAUGGUGCGGAGCCUGUGCCGAAGUCACAGAAAAUUCGCUCACGCGUCGGCAAAAGCGAUUCCUCAUCAUACAGUGAAGAAAGUGAAGACGACGCCAAUGAAGGCUCGAGUACUGAUACCAGUCUCUGCGAUGACGAUGAUCCAAAUUCCGGAGCUGAUAAAACACAUUCCUCUUCGAUUGAGAAUAGUCCCAAGCGUAGAUCUAAAUCAGCGCGCAAGGCCAAAGAGUACGCUUCGAAGUUGGAGACCCUAAAUGAGCCUAGUGAUAGUGAAAAGGAACGUAGACGACCCAAAUCAUGGGCACCUUCCUCAACUGAAAUUCCAUUUAUGCUUAUGACGUCCGAUUCGCCAACACACAGCGCCGACGAUGAAAAGUCUGCACGUUCGCACCACUUGGAGGAAUUGAUAAAGGAGGAGGAGGACAGCACAACCGAAUGUGAUCGCCUCGGCUACAAAGGCGCAGCUGCAUUUGAUUGGACCGACACCAAGUACUCCUCUAUUGCAGGAGAUCUGGCUACCACGAAGCUAAGUGCAUUGCACAUUCAAACGGACGUCUUAGAGUUACCUGUGAUAACAAGCACAAGUCAACUUUCUCCUAUGCCCGACAUAGCUGCCUAUCUCAAUAGUUCCAAUAUUAGUCCAUUGCCUACACCGAAACCGCUUUUCCUCGACUCAACUAAUUCGCUGGGUAGUGGAGACGAUGGAGAGGAAGGUAGAAAGUUUGCUGUCAGCGAUGAUGGCGUAACAAAUCAGUACUUCGAAAGGGUCAAUAGCGUAGAGAGGCCAACAAAAUUAGAGUUGUUCUAUUCGCUCAACGAAGAAGAUGGCAUACGUAGAGAUGAGAAAGAAGUUGCUAACCUUGAGAACGCUGAGGAAAGUUAUAGUGCUGAUAUUAAACCGACUGAAAACUGUGAAAAAUUGUGCAAAGAAAAGGAUGAUGAGGAUAAAACUAAUAAAGUGGAAGUAACGGACAAAGGUUCUGACAGACGCAUGGAAUUGCUAAUGGACUACUCUGAAAAGUCAUCAGCGGCCUUCAUUGCAGAGGCAACCAGUGAAGUUUCCACAAAUCUAAGGCAUGACAAAACGAAAGAGCCAGUCGAAGCUGAAGAUCUUUCAUAUGCAGUGCCAGCUGAGAGAAAGGAUGCCAAGAAUACGAUCUCUAUACUCCCAAUCAGAGAUAGCAACAUUCCUGGUGAAGCAGUUGAAACAUUCGAGGAAAAUUGUCCGCAAUCAGAGAAGUCAAAACCGCAUGCAAAUAAUGUUAAAGCGGCUGCAACAAAAAAAUCGGCGGCUUUGAGUAGCGCCUGCCGAAAGCGCCGAGAUCCCAGGCGAUUGACUCUUACGCGGUCUUCAACUAUAGAAAUUGAAGAACGCUUUCAGGCAUUGGAACGUAGAAUGAGUGAAGAAAAAUUUAUCAUCGACAAAGAGAAGAUGGGUGAUGAUAAGUCAUAUGAUGAAAUGUCUAAUAAAAAGAUACCAUCAACAGCCGAUCUGCAGAAGAGAUUAAGUACACUUGAAAAGCAAAUUAGUAAAGAGGCGGAUGAGAAGAAAAGGUUUGCUGAAAGUAGCGAGUAUAGAGAUUUGUCUAAUCAUGAAACCACAUUACUAACGAACAGAUCAUUUACAGAAUCAAGACACGCAAGAGAAUUAAACAGAAACUCCUAUGAUGAUUCUGCAACAGAAGAAGUUCCAAUUAUACCCUACCCGUCAGAAAUGAGAGAUAAUAUACCAGACGUAGUACCCUCCGAAGAAAAAUAUGAGCUUUCCAUAUCAAAACGAGCACGCAAUCAUAUUCCUUCAACAGUAGAAUUAGAAGAUCGCUUCAGUGCUUUGGAGAGACAACUAAGCUCGAACGGUUUGCCAAGUAAAAGCUCAAUGGACUUGCGGCGCAACGAAAAUCAGACUCGCGAAAAAGAUGCACAGACGCCUCCUAAUACGCCUAACGAAAGCAAUAAACAAAAUUUGGAAAGAGGUGAGAGCAAAACUCAGCUAAGAAAUGAAAUUGAAGGAGAGGCAGCAUCCGAGGUAGAUGCCAGAAACGCAGAAAAGCCACGCCUAAAGAAGUUGCCAUCUACUGCCGAAUUAGAAGAUCGCUUUAAUGCGCUAGAAAGAAGAAUGAGCACGCAAAAAUCAAGUCCCAUCAAAACAAAGAAGGAACCACCCGACGAAGCAGAGACGAAAGAACCGAAUAAAAAAAAGGAUGCACCAGCUGAAGAGAAGAGUAAAAAGGAUUGUGAUAUUAAAGGUAAGCCAGAAAGGCACAGUAAAGAAGAUGAUAAAGCAAACAAAGGUAAAUCGGUUGCCAAAGAGAAGAUUUCACCUGAUCAGAAAAAAGGUGGUGAAAAAGUUAAUAAAGCAAAAGUGGAAGAAGCUAAAGCUAGCAACACGAAGCAAGAAGUGGAAAUGGAAGAUAGCGCAAAACGGGUCUCAAAAACUACGGAACGCACGGCAGGUGAAAAGACAAACAAGCAAGACGGGUAUGAAGACAAACUAGAAAAAGAUGUUGGAAAGCAAACUGCGAAGGCAACGACUAAUAAUGAAAAAGAACUUAAGAAAAUUAAUCACUCAAGCGAUAGCCUAGAAAGUGAAAGCAAACAAGAAGUUGAUGUAGAACGCUCCAAGCUGCCACAGAAAAAUAACAAGGCUGAUGACUUGAAAAAAUCAGAAAAGAAGUCGCCACCAAGUACCGAAGAACUUGAAAAACGCUUUCAGGCGUUGGAACGACAAAUGAGUAGCGCUAGCCUAGAGGGCAACAAAGAAACGAGAAGCUCCUCAGAAUCCGAAAAGACGAAUCAGACAAGGUCAAGUAAAGGAAAACAAAAUUCAUCACAAUCAGUAAACGCUCAGGUAGAAACUGCAUCCAAUAAAAACAAACAAACCACACCGCUUGAGCCGGCAACAAAUACUAAAGCCAUAAAAAGCUUCGAGGAAAAGUGCAAACAAGUUAACAAAGAACUUUCUAAACAAACAAAGCCAGAACUUGAGCAAUCGGAGCAAACUGUAGCAAUCACCACACCAGAACCCAAACUGGUUGAAGCCUUCAAUGAAAAAUGUAAGGAGAUUAAUAAGGAACUGUCAAAACCCACAGAAGCGAUGGAUGUGGAGCAGAGAGAAGCAGAAAAUGAGGGCACUUCCAACGUGGCCAGCAAAAGACGUGCUUCCGAACCACCAACUACAGAAGAUUUAGAGAAACGUUUUGAGUCGCUCAAGCGACGAAUGAGCACCAAAGCUAUAAUCGAAAAAGGGUUCGAAGUAAAAGAUAAAUCAGCGACAGUUCUUGAAGAGGGGCCACACGAGAUAUUAGAUGUAGAGGAAACUAAAAGUCAAGCUACAAUAAAAUCUGCGGAGCCUCCAAGCACUGAGGACUUAGAAAGUCGAUAUGAAGCAUUACAGAGACGUGCAAGCGAACAAAAGACAGAAAAUCUCGAGAAGCGGCAUGAAAACCAGCAAAGAGCGCAAAAGGAAGAAAUCGUAGAUACAAAAACGUCAAAGCGAACUAACAAAACAGAACUGAAAGAAUCAGCUGAAGAAAAGAAAUUAAAUGAAAACACUGCAUGCAUCCCCGUAGCGCCGCCAAUGCCGUUGAAUGACACAGCAGAACUUUUAGUUAACGAUGAACAGCAUCGUGCACUUAUUGAAGAAUUUCAGAGUAAAAUUAAAGUGCAACCCAAUGGUGAAAACCUCAAACCAAGCGACAUUAAUCCAAAUCGACGUACAACAACUGAACGACAACGAACAUCACCAUUCGAUGGAACCUCGGAAACACAUGCAAACACCGCUUACUUUAGAUCGGAAAAUUACGAACCCUGGUACAGUCAACCACAGAAAAUGGUUCGUCGUUUCUCCGAUUUACCAUCAAGAGCUGAUCUUGAGAAUCGCUUACAUUUUUUGGAAAGACAAUUGAUAAUCAAAUUCUACAAGCAGCGCUGUGCAAGUGAUUCCGAAGUGGCAUCGAGAAAAUAUUUCAUGGAUUUGAAGAGUCGGUCCGCAGACGGCGAAACACCAAGUACAUCAGCGCGCGCGCAACAGCAAGCGGCAGACGAUCUAGAAAAACGCGUACUUGCAUUGGAGAAGCAACUUAGCGAAAAUAGUCUAAAGUUACUUGAGGCUGUGCGUGUGAAAGAACAGGAAGCAGCCGCCGAGUCGGACUCCCCGCGACGCCUUAGUUCGGAGACUGUCGAUGCGACAGGCAAGGAGCUUGUGCGCUACGUUGGCGAACUUGAAGAAACGGGCUCUCUCAAACCGAUCAACAUAAGUAUUAAUAUAAAAAUGCUGCUUAAAAAAAACGAGGAUGAAGAGAGCAAGCCCAAAGAGAAGCUGCCGACUGCUGCGGAGUUGGAAAAACGACUCGAGGUGCUGGAACAGCAACUGAAAAUGUCCAGAUCACGCCGCGAGGGAAGCAUUGACCAAUAUAAUGUCAAUGAUGUGCAGGAGCUGAAGAAGAGUGAGGAAAAAUCAGACGAGUACAUGGCCGAGGAAAUUGAAAGUAAAGAAGUGAUAAAAGAACCGCCAGAAAUGGAGAAAAGAGAAACCAAGGAAGCAUUGAAAGAAACGCUAGAAAUUGAAAAGAAUGUGAAGGAAGCAUUCAACGAAGAAUGUAAAAGUGACAAGAAGAUUACAGAAAAUGUGAAUACCAAAAACGGAGAAAACGAAAAAAGUGAUAUUAGAAUUGAGGUCUUAAAGGCUGAAAAAACGCUCGAGAACCAGCAAAUUGCGCGCUCGAAAAAAGAAAUUGUUGAAGAUAAGCGAGAGUGUAAAGCUGAAGAGAAAAGCGAUACACCGCAGAAUAUUAACGCAGACGUUCACGAGAAGAACGAAAACAAAUCAAAGCAGGAGGUAGCGGUUGAAAAGCGAGCCAAUGAAGAAGAUAUUCCCACAGAAGAAACAUUGCCAACGCAACCGGAGCAAUUAACAGAUACAACUGCAGAGGUAGAACCGAAAGAAACUUUGGUGGUGAAGGAUGAACCUAAACAAGAAAAACAUGAUGAUAGUAAAGAAUCAACCAAAACACCUGGAGAUCAAACCUUGGUAGUGAAGGAUGAACCUAAACAGGAGAAACACGAUAAUAGUAAGGAAUCAACCAAAACACCUGGAGAUCAGACAUCAGCCGAGCCAUCGGUUGCCCCCAUGCAAACUGCCAUUCAAGUUGGAUCGUCGGAUCCUAACAACAAAACGCUCGUAUUGCUGCUUGACAAUGAACCGAAAGCCGUUAAGGUGCGACGAUUGACGCGCGCGAACACCGAAGAGUUGGAGAACUUAUUCCAAGCGCUCGAAAAACAGUUAAGUGAUCGCAAUCUCAUUAAAUCUGAAGAUGGUAAACUAAUGCGUGCUGCCGAAAAAUCCGAUGUGCCACCAUCAGAAGAGUCGAAAGCUUUAACACAACUCUCGAAGGAGAUUGAAGACUAUACUAAAGCAAAUCCAAACGAGAAAGAGAAAGAAACCAAAAAGGAAAAGCAAAAGGAUGCUGACAAAUCCAAAUCUCCAGCGGAAGACUACGACUGGGGGCCGGAUCCCGUGAAGCGGCAUUUAAAACGCAAAACUGUGCAUCUGCCAUCGACUAAAGAGCUGGAAGCGCGCUUCCGAUCACUCGAACGUCAAAUAAAACUGCUCGAAGAUGUGGAGAAGAUCGACGUCGAACAGCGGUUAAAUGAAAUUGAGCGCAAAAUCAAAAUGCAGUAUUCACUAUCGCACGAGAAGGAUCUCACCAAAUUUUUGGAACUCUGUGAAGGCAAGAAUUUAGAUGAACUGCCCGAAGCUAUAACGGCUGCGCGUGAUAGAUAUCAAAUAGAGGAUGGACGCGCGUCAAGAACACCUACACCGAAACAAGGUAGAUCACCUUAUACCUCACCGUCGCGUGCGAAAGAGAAAACGCCCUAUACAUCACCGACACACCCACCACGUGAAUCCCGUAGUCCGAAAAGACACACCUCGCCUGGGCGUAUUCGUUAUGAUGGUGCAAAUGGAGCAUCGAAAAGCCCCAAAAGACAUGUUUCGCCUGGCUAUGCUAGAUAUGAGGAUCCCGAUAUACCAUCAACUGAAAAUCUGGAGUAUCGUUUUCGUGCUUUGGAACUGCCAAAAUCUAAAUCGAAAGAAUCGUUGAACGAAAAGUCUAAACGAAAUAUCGCCGAUGCGAAAAAAUCACUAAUACAUCCACUGGAAAUGCUGCUCGAUCCCAGCCCAGACGUGGACGUUAUACCCACAACCGGUGAACUGGAACACAGAAUUCGUGUGUUGGACGAUAAGAGAAGAACACCUUCACCAGCUCGACAAUUACGCUCACGUUCGCCAACCAUAGAAGAUAUAAAAAAUAGGAAAUUAGCAGAAGAAAAGCAUUCAAGAACAACACCCAUACACAACUUGGAAACGCUUGUCGCUUCGCCAACCAAAAGGGAGUUACCCACAGCUGACGAACUGGAGGCACGCAUGCGCGCUUUAGAAGAGGAACACUGUUUCGACUUUAAAAUGCAAAAGACUUAUCAGGAAUUCAAUCAAAAACUGAAGGAUGCUGUGUCCCCAUCACUUUCCUUCGAAGAAUUCAAAACAUCAAAAUCACGCGAGGAAAGCCCUAGACGCAGCGAGACAACCCGUUCCACAACACCGAAAUCUGCGCUACGCGACUCCGCCAGCAACUAUGAGGAUGGACAGUACAGAUCAAUUAGUCCUAAGGCUAUACGCUUUCGCGAUGAAGAAGACGACUAUGUGACAAGUUUGCCGCACAGGCCGAAAUCGCACACGGAUACACGAGACAACAUUGGAAGAAUGGUGGGCAAAAUUAAUUAUGGCGCUUUAGGAACAAUUGAAGAAAAUUCUAAAUUCCUCCAACGUAUUCUUAAGAAGACUCUUGCAGAUUCAUGUGGCAGUAUAAGUGCUAGCGGCGCUACUCAAGCUCAUACAUCCGAAGGACUUGACGAGUUUGGCAGUCGUCUGAUGAGGGAGACUUCACCACUACAACGUACCGGAAGUCACACCGGUGUACCAUUACGCACCAAUGACAAUAUCAACGAACGUUUGGACUCCAUUAAGAACACGAUCAAGUCCAUCGAUACACUGUGCGAAGAGAAACCAUAUCGUAAAGAGCGUUGCCAACGCUACAUCGAUUCACUAUUCUCCGAUUCUAUACAUUUCGGCAGCAAGAAAGCUUCACUGGAGGAUCUCUCGCGUGCGGAAAGUCGUGUACAUCGCGAAUAUGCGCCCUCCAUACGUGUCUCGGAUCAUAGCCAAAGGCACUCGGACUAUUUAUACGGCCGUUCUCUGGGUUCGGCGGAUUCCAUACGUUCGACAAGUCCAUUGCGCGCUGCCAGUCCACUACAUCAUCGUUCGAAUCGGGAUUUGCGACGCGAGAUCUCGCCGCGCCGGCGACGCGAAGAAGAGCGUGAAGAAUACCAGAGUAGGGUAAGACGUGAAAAUAUGUUGCCAAAUUAUUAUUUAUUAGAUAAUCUUAGAAAUGUAAGUAGUAGUAGUUUAAUUAAGUUUCAUAAAGUAGAUAGACAACUAGACACAUACAAAUGUGAUGAAAGAGACAGAUCAAGUUCACGAUCGGCAUCCAGAUCGCCGUUGAGAUCGCCGUAUGGAUCGAGGGAGAUGAUGAUGACAGAAAGCAUGUUGCACGACAACAUCAAUUCAAGCACACGACACAACAACACCAACACCCACACCAACACCAACAGCAACAGCAACUGCGACGACAACAACGACCGGUACAACACAAAAAAAGUGAAAAAUAAAAAGUAUCAAUUGGAAUUGGACAGACCGUACGCGCACGCCUACCGUCACACCACAGACACUCUACUCGGCUACGAUCCACUCAAACGCUCCAAUACACCCGUCUAUGUGCCCGGUCAGCUUGAUAUACGUCACACAACAGUUACGUCAACAUUCUAUGACCGCUUAUUGGCAGAAAAGGAAAUUGAGCGAAAAUUCUCACGACCACCGAGCCGUUCCCCUAUCGUAUCGCCAUCGAUUACAUCGAAGAGUUAUGUAGAUUUGGCAAGUGCAAGCGCUAAGUCUUACUACAUUGACAAAUCCCCAACAACGGCUUUGGCAGCGUUGCGAGUGGACAACGCCGCUGACAUCUCAAGCUUCACCAACAUUGAAAGCCCACAACAAUAUCGCAGUUCAAUGACGCGUAGCUAUGAGGGUAGCGUUUAUAAUGUUGUCAGCUCGACGUACCCACUGAAUAACACCACCACGACCACAACCAAAGCUAUCACCAACACCAAUCAAUCCUUGAAUCCCUUAAAAUUCAAUACCAACACCGACAUUAUCACCACCACAACUACCGCUACACUAAAUUCGGCCACAACACCCACAGGUAAUUCAAGCACUUCUAUAACUACAGCUGGGUUAGGGCACACGGCCAACAAUACUACAACAACAGCAAUAGCAAUAGCCACAAUAACUGCAACUACGACCGGGACAUCGACGACGACGCCGACGUCGACAGAGACGCUAAGAAGCAAUCGUCCAAUCGAUAACAAUCGUUUUUCGCUUCCGAUCACAACUAACUAUCGAAUUGGCUUGAGUGAUAUAACCAACAACACAACAAACAUCACCUCUACAAUAACUACAACCAAUAAAUCCUUCUCCACUACCAACAUCACCAAUACUGCUACAACAAAAAUGACAACAAACUUGAACAUCAACAACAGUUUCACAGGUUUAGACAGAUUCGCAACAGCUCUAUCAGUACCACCAACAACGACCACAACAACAACAACAGUAAUUAGUACUUUUAGUACCAACACCACGACAAUGACAACAACUAGUACUUACAAUUUUAAUAAUUUGUUAACAACUACAAAAACAACAAUGGUUGGUAGUGAAAAUACCAACAAGUACAUCACAAAUAAUUCAUCUUCAUCACUUCUGUCCUACAAUACGACGAGUGGUGGCGGCAGCGUCGUCGGCGGCGGCGGCGGCGGCAGCCUCUAUAACACGAGUGCGCCCCUGAGUAUGGCUCUCACAAUGCGACAACCUUCCGACACGAUGUCAUUCUCCUCACUGGGUCUUUACACUAGUAAUUUAAAUAGUUACAACAAUAAUAACAACAACAACAACGUUUGUAGCAACAACAGCCAUUUGAGUUACAACAACAGCAACACGACGGGACAUGAAUUAGCGCAAAAUGUGAAAAAGUGAAAACCUUAGUAGUAAAUUAUGCA